AUGGGAGAAUUAGCGGAGCGCAAGGUCUUUAAAGUCUUCAAUCAAGACUUUAUUGUUGAUGAGAGAUACACUGUGACAAAAGAGUUGGGUCAAGGUGCAUAUGGCAUCGUUUGCGCGGCAACCAAUUCCCAGACGGGCGAAGGGGUCGCAAUCAAAAAAAUUACCAAUGUCUUCAGCAAAAAGAUCCUCGCAAAGCGAGCGCUGCGUGAAAUCAAACUCUUGCAGCAUUUCCGUGGUCACAGAAACAUUACGUGUCUCUACGACAUGGACAUUCCCCGCCCCGACAACUUCAACGAAACCUAUCUUUACGAAGCAGAAUUGAUGGAGUGCGAUCUCGCGGCCAUUAUCCGAUCGGGUCAGCCACUUACGGAUGCCCAUUUCCAGUCUUUCAUUUACCAGAUUCUCUGUGGUCUCAAAUACAUUCAUUCCGCAAACGUCCUUCACCGAGACUUGAAGCCUGGAAAUUUGCUCGUCAACGCCGACUGUGAGCUCAAGAUCGCCGAUUUUGGUCUUGCAAGAGGAUUCUCUCAAGAUCCGGAGGAGAACGCCGGAUAUAUGACUGAAUAUGUGGCAACGCGAUGGUAUCGUGCUCCAGAGAUUAUGUUGAGCUUCCAAAGCUAUACCAAAGCUAUCGAUGUGUGGUCCGUUGGAUGUAUUUUGGCAGAAUUGCUCGGCGGCAGACCAUUCUUUAAAGGCCGCGACUAUGUCGAUCAGCUCAACCAGAUUCUACACUACCUGGGCACACCAAACGAGGAGACUUUGUCGAGAAUAGGAUCCCCCCGUGCUCAGGAGUAUGUCCGAAAUCUUCCUUACAUGCCAAAGAUUCCUUUCCAGCGACUGUUCCCACAGGCCAAUCCCGAUGCACUGGAUCUCCUGGACCGAAUGCUGGCAUUCGAUCCGUCAUCUCGUAUUUCGGUCGAAGAUGCUCUUGAGCAUCGAUAUCUUCACAUCUGGCAUGAUGCUUCCGACGAGCCUGCUUGUCCCAAGAUAUUCGACUUCGCUUUUGAGGUGGUGGACGAUGUACAAGAAAUGCGAAAGAUGAUUUUGGAUGAAGUGAUGAGAUUCCGACAUCAUGUACGCCACCAUCCGACUCAGACUCCCACCACCAACAUGGCUGUUCCGAUUCCUGAGAAUCCAAAUCAGUGGAGCCAUGAAGACCCAAGGCCACAGGAAGCCGGCGCUUUCGUUGGCAAUGAUCUGGAGCAUGAAUUGCAAGCGGGUUCAGACAUGAUGAGACGAUAG